AUGUCUGUUGUAUAUCUUGCAGUGACAACGCAGCCAAGUCCUCCUCGGGAGGUGGUGGUCCCACGGGACCAUCAACGAGCACCACAGCUUUCAACGCAGGGCGCCUCCCUGGCUGAUUUCUUUGACAAGGAAGUGCGCACUGCAGUGAAGACGGCGCUGAAGGCCUUUUAUGCGGUGAAAUCACCCCUGCCAAGCCAACUGCCAAGCCAACGGGAGGAUGAGGAGGUUUCCCCCGAUCCCCCGCAUGCCAUGCUGGUGGUGUGCAUCGCACCGUUGCUGCCGCCAACAACGGAGGCCCGGACCGCGACGUCCCCUGGAAGCAACGCCAUCACCAGCUCCACCACCAUCAGCAGCACCGCCGCAGCCCCCUGUAUUCCAAAGCCCGAUGCACCCGCGACAGCCGCCGCAGUCACUGCCGUGGACAACCCGCCAGCAGCAGCAACAGCAGCAGCAGUAGCGGCAUCCACUGAGUCAGCAGCCCCAGCCCCGUGUGGAGGCGGGGCUGCUGAAGACUAUGGCGCUGUGGGCUGUGGCCCUCCUAGUGCCGCCCUGAAUCCGGGGGGCGGUUUUGACGGAGGAGCCUCUGAAGGUCGUCGUACACAUGACAACAACAACAACAACGAUGUCGCCGUCGGCUUAGGCCGGGGCAGGAGCUCGUCCGUCAGCAUUGCUGUGUACUGCAAGGCCGUACAACCGCCACCGUAUGGAUCGGAGUACGCAGUACAGGCAUGGAAACGGGGACGUGUGACUCGGGGGAGAGUGGGUGGCCACCUGGCGGCGGUGCUGGGUCGGCCUCGCUGUCUUCCGGGCGCCAAGGCGGCGAACUGGGUGUUGGAGCGGCGGCAAUAUGAGGACCGCAGACCGCCGGAGGCCGCCGAGGUCCUUCUGUCUGACGUCAGCGGCCGCAUUUUGGAGGGCCUUACAACCAACUUUGCCGUCAUAACCAACAUUAGAAACACAUCCUCCCAACAGCAGCGCUCCAACACCACCCCAUCAGAAACACCACAACCACCACAACCGCUACCCUCCUUGGCCGCUGUGCCCAACAUGAGUGAAUGUCGACUAGAUCGACCGCCACUACCUGGAUCGACAGAUCCACCAAAUCCGAAUCCGAAACCGAAGGCGCCGACGGGGGCCGAAUUGUUGGCGCCCGCAGCCCUUCCCCGCCCUAGCCCAAUCACUGGUAGACCAGGCGAGAAGGUGGGGUACAUGGAGGAGGACGCGGGCGAAGAGGAGAAGGAGGAGGAGCAGGUGGCGCUGCAGGUUUGCGGGCGGCAAGCGGACGCCGCGCUGCCUGGGCUGGUUCAGGUCCGUGUGAUUGAGGCUGCACGGCGGUUGGGGCUGAGGGUGGUUCUGGAGCCGCCCCGGGCUGCGGACCGGAGCAGCUGGCGGGAGGCCUUCAUCACCAACUGGUAA